AUGUGCGGCAUAAACGUUUGGAGCAGAAGCUGGAACUGGUUCAGGCGAAAGUAUCCUAGUCUCAGAUCGAUCCGUGUCAACGCUAUCUCUGCAUUGGAAAAGCCGCAAAAAAUCAUCCCGUGCUCCCCGAAUUGCGUUUAUGUGCUAGAAUUAUUCAGACAAAAGGAUAAAAUGGAAUCAGAGCUGCAUCCGGGUCCGAUCGCUCCACACCGUGGAUUCAAUGAGAAAAGCCGUAAAGUACUCAUCGGUUCGACCUACAAUGGAGGCAUGCCAAAAUCGGCAAGUGAGUUCGAUCUCCGCAAGAAAUUCAAUGGCUUAGUCAGCAAAAAGAAGGGUAGCAAUGGUUCUAGUCCACAAAGUCAAUCAUCGGUCUCAUCAAUCCCUGAAAAUGCAAUGUUCGAUACCAUUGGUGAGCGUCCAACUGUAAAGAAGCAUAUGAAACUCGGAGAUGUCGGAAAAACUCGCUCUUGCGUUGAAUUCAAAACCAACGAUAAACGGCUUCUCCGCACUUUCCAAGAAGACAACAUCAUCAAAAUGCCAAGCAUGGACUCAGACAUGGGAAACGAUCAAGACACCGGGGUAGCAGAUCUUUGUCUCAGUUUUGAGGGGCUCGGAAAGUCUCUCAUAUACUCCCAGUCUGACGACAACGCCACCGAUGACGUCAAGGAUAAGAAGAAGAACAAGAAGUGA